AACAUGGCAGGAGAACCCAAACCAUACAGACCAAAACCUGGAAACAAGAGGCCCCUUUCUGCACUUUAUAGACUUGAGUCAAAGGAGCCUUUCCUGUCUGUUGGUGGUUAUGUCUUUGACUAUGAUUACUACAGAGAAGAUUUCUACAAUCGGUUAUUUGAUUACCAUGGGCGUGUGCCCCCACCUCCCCGUGCAGUAAUUCCACUGAAGCGUCCCAGAGUGGCCGUCACAGCGACUCGCAGGGGUAAAGGAGUCUUUUCCAUGAAAGGGGGAUCAAGAUCUACCGUCAGUGGGUCAUCUUCAUCAGGCUCCAAAUUGAAGUCAGAUGAGUUACAGACAAUCAAGAAAGAAUUAACCCAGAUCAAAACGAAAAUUGACUCCUUGCUAGGGCGCCUGGAGAAAAUUGAGAAGCAGCAGAAGGCGGAGGCAGAAGCUCAGAAGAAGCAAUUGGAAGAGAGUAUAGAGCUGAUCCAAGAUGAAUGUGUGUCAGAGAAUGCAGAUCACUCUACAGAGGAGCCUGCUGAAGGAGGGCCAGAUGCGGAUGGAGAAGAGAUGACUGAUGGGAUAGAGGAGGACUUCGAUGAAGAUGGGGGUCAUGAGCUGUUUCUACAGAUAAAGUGAUCUGAAGUAAUGAAUGAUGCCACGAGAACAGAAAAGAGAAACUGUGACAACCCCCAGAAAUGUGAAAGGAGGUUUCUUACUGGAUUGCAGCUUCUUUGGUUCAAUUUAUUAAAAAAAAAAAAAAAACCCAAAUAAAUAAAAUGGACAGUAUUGUUCAAUUUUAGAAAUUCCACUUCUUCUAUGUUCUAAGCUAUAUAAUUGUCAGGUUUUUAUGGUUUAGAUUGUAAAUGUGUUUUCCCCUUUGCUAAUUAUGUUGUGUUUUUUUUUAAAGUCUUUUAAAGUCUUAAAAUGUGAAGGACAUUUAUGAACGGUAAGGGAGACACUGUAUACAAAUGUAUAUUUGUAAAAGCUAUUUUUAUGAUUAGCAUGUUUUACUGUUGAUCAUAUAUAAAGUCAGGUGAUAUUGCAAUUCUAUGUUUAAAGCUUAUUUCCAACAAUGUCAUGUAAGAAAAGAUACAUCGUAAGCUAGUUUUUAUAAUUUAUUUUUAAUUUAUAGUUUAAAGUACUUUAGAUCAUAAUGAUAAAAUACUUGAAAAGGUUAUAUUUCUGCCCUCCAUAAGCACCAUUUUUAUUAAUAAAGAAUGCAAGUAUUUCAGUGAUUCAAUAGUGAAAGGACUGUUGCUUUGAUGUGUGAUUAAAUUGAGCAUUCUCUACUCAACUGAAAUGAUCCAAUUGUUACCCAGUACUGCAGUGUGAGUAGGAGAUCCCAUGGACAGGUUAGUGCCAAUACAGGUGAAAACUAUAUUGGCAAGGAAAGAUUGUCUUGUUUUUGGUUCCCAAAAGUUUAAAUAGUGCACAUAUCACUUCAUUGCAUCUCCUAUUACUAGGAACGCUCCAUUCCCAAGCAUUGCAAGUGUUUUCCAGAUGCUCUUUGCUGUUGUCUUGUGCUGUGGAAAUGGAAGAAACCAUCUUCACAGACUGUAGGAGAAUUCAGCAUAUAAUUUCUUAA